CGCGCUUGUAUCCAUUCACUAGCUCGCAGUGACAGAGAGCGCAUCUCGGACUUGAGGAGCGGAGGACGCAGUGUUGCAUUCUCCAGGAUAAACAUCGAAAGGAAAUAACCCUACGAAGCAUUUUGCUUUUGCAAUCGACAUUGAGCUGGAUAUCUAGAGCGCUUCGUGCGAAAAUCGACGACGAGAGAAAAGAGGUUAUAUAAUAGGAAGUCAACGUCAGUGGCUCGCGCACUCACAGGCUAGUGUGAGUCAUUGAUAAAUGCACACAGUUGCAUGAAUGGGGUGGAAGUAGAUCGAGGCUGCGUUUGACUCUCGAAACAAACAAAAAAACGAGGAUUUUAAUCAUCUCGACGGUGCACAAGAGACUUUAGCGUGUAAAAAGCUCAAUGCUCCAGGCCUGAGACGUCUACGGCCUCUUGCAGCGCGUCUUCUCCGCAUUUUAAGGUCUCACGGUACCCUACCGUAUUUCACUAAUGCUCGAUAAGUUCAAACCCGUGCAGAUCGAUUCGGUCAUGGCCAUAAGCAAGACGGUAGAGUGGCUGAAGGAGCAGCUGGAAACGCGCAGGGACUGUUUGCUCGUUAUGGACUGCCGAGCGCAAGAGCUCUACGAGUCGUCGCACGUUGAAACGGCCAUUAACGUGGCCAUCCCGAGCCUCAUGCUCCGGCGACUCAAGAAAGGCAACCUGCCCAUCAAGUCUCUGCUUUCUAACGGGGAAGACAGGGAAAGGUUCGCGCGGAGGUGCAAGACGGACACGAUCGUGUUGUACGACGAGUACAGCCGCGAGUGGAAUGAAAACAUCGACGGCGGCUCCGUGUUGGGUUUACUGCUGAGGAGAAUGAAGGACGAGGGCUACAAGGCUUUCUAUCUCGAGGGUGGCUUCAGCAAAUUUCAAACUGAAUUUCCCACAAUGUGCGAGACAAACCUCGAUGGUUCCUCAAGCAGCAGUUCUCCUACCUCCCAGGUUCUGGGUCUCGGAGGGCUCAGAAUCAGCUCUGACUCUUCGGACAUUGAGUCGGAUAUCGACCGAGACCCAAGCAGUGCAACUGACUCAGAUGGCAGCCCCCUUUCCAACCCCCAGCCCUCAUUCCCUGUGGAGAUCCUGCCACAUCUGUAUCUGGGCUGUGCUAAGGACUCCACAAACCUGGAUAUCCUGGAGGAGUUUGGCAUCAAGUACAUCUUGAACGUGACCCCUAAUCUCCCCAACAUGUUCGAGAAUGCCGGGGAGUUUAAGUACAAGCAGAUUCCCAUCUCUGAUCACUGGAGCCAGAAUCUCUCGCAGUUUUUCCCUGAAGCCAUCAGCUUUAUUGAUGAGGCCCGUGGGCAGAAGUGCGGAGUGCUUGUUCACUGCCUUGCAGGCAUCAGUCGUUCUGUCACCGUAACAGUGGCGUACCUCAUGCAGAAGCUCAACCUGUCCAUGAACGAUGCUUAUGACAUUGUCAAAAUGAAGAAGUCAAACAUCUCGCCCAACUUUAACUUCAUGGGUCAACUCUUGGACUUUGAGCGCACGUUAGGACUCAAGAGUCCGUGUGAUAACCGUGUGCCGGCCCCAACCCAGCCACUGUACUUCACCACACCAACCAAUCACAACGUUUUUCAGUUGGACCCUCUGGAGUCCACGUGAGGUCCUGCCAUGACUUGAUUCGAGUGAAAUGCAAGUUUCUGUUUUUUCGACUCUAGUCAAGGGUUUCCUGACGUUAUUGAUGUUGGCUUGAGACGACGGCCGACCAGAGUAGCCAAUGAUGGGGCAUGUGGUGUGCCCAGAGCUUCUACGCUGCUGUUUAAUGGAGAGAGACCAUGUGACUCUAAAUCUCCAAGACUCUUCAAAGUAGUUUGUUUUAUAAAUAUAUAUAUAUAU